AAACCGGGGCCCAACUCUCGUGUCAAAGCAGAAAAAGCCACAUGAAGGAAAAGCCAUUUCAAACCACUCACAGCCAAUAUUCUGGGGAGGAAAUACCAAAUAUCACCCAUCUCCUCCUCAGCUGAUUAUCUGCCUCUGGCCAUGCUGAUCCAGACCCUGAUAAGCUUCAGCCUGACCCUCAAAAACCUUAUUUAAAGGCCUUUUUAAUUUUUUUUUUUUGCAACUCUGCAUGUUUUCGCGGCUGCUUGGCACAAUCAUUGAACGCGUAGGUUUUUCUGAUGCCUCUAGAUACGCGACCUCCUCCUGUCUCCAGGACACCUACACCCUCACUGGCUUUAAUUUACAAGGAAAGGCUAUAGGAUAUAUAUAUUUCAGGGGAAAAAAAAAAAAAAAAACGCAGAUAAAAGGCCCAGCCAAUGCCAUUUCCUGGGGCUAGACGCAGGCGCAAGCGCAUCGGUCAUAAGGCAGGACGUUGCCCAAGAACGCUUUUCACUCUUGGGACGCUCUUGCAAUUUUCUGAGCUGGUCAUGGCUGGGGAAAUAGUUUAUGCUGAUUUAAGGCGUCCUGGAGAUGGUUUUUCUCCGGCCCAGAAGUGUCGCGCUCCUGCCUUGUGCCCGUGGUGGCAUGGAGUCCUCCUCAAAGUCGGCGGGCUGGGGCACCUCGUCCUGCUGGUGCUGGUGGUGGUGCUGAGCGUGCAGGUUUUUCAGGGCUCUCUGUGGCGAACGGGGACAAACGCUCCCUGGCAAGACGGUGGUGAGACCCAGGGAAGGAACCACACGGAGCGAUGCGUGAUUUCAGCCCUGAUGCGGUAUUUCUGCCAGCCCCGGUGCAAAAGCCCCGCAGCCUGUUCUGGCUGCAAAUUAUGUCCCCAGGAUUGGCGGCUCCACGGGGACAGAUGCUACCAGCUUUCCAAGGAAAAGGGGAACUGGAAUCAAGGCAAGAAAGGCUGCAAAAAUCAGGGGUCUCACUUGGUAGUGCUCCGGGACAAGAAAGAAAAGGAGUACAUCAGGAAUGUAACGGGCGGAGGCACGCAGCCGGUGUGGAUUGGAUUGCUCUCGUCCCACUCGAAGUGGAGAUGGGUGGACAACACCCCCUUCAACACCAGUAUGUUCACCACCCUGCAGGAGAUGAAUGAGGGGUGCGGGACACUGAAAGACGGGGCGUUGGAGGUCGAUAUCUGCGACGGCGAGCACCAGUGGGUUUGCCAGAAAGACCCUUUCCAGCUCUCCCCAUCGAUGGCAGGAGCUGAGGAAAAAUGCGAUGCCUCUUUCUGACAUGUGCCCAUCCCGAAACGCCCGGUCUACGAGACGCUUGCUGGCCAAUAUUUGGGGUGAAGCCAGUCCCGUCCUCACCGUAACAGCUCUGCAAGAGGUUUCAGGGUUUUGCAAAUGCAUUUCCCACACAGGUCAGGACAAUAUUUUGGGUGGUGGGGGGGACUGGGAAACCAGAAACAUCUGUGCCCUGGACACUGGGUUGCUAGAGCUACAGCAUCAAUAAAAACGUAUAAAACUG